AUGAGGGGUACCGGGACGGAGCACUGCAACGGUGCGGUGCGUCGUGAUGAUGCUAUUUCCAGCACCAGCAUCCGCACAGAAUUUUGGCCGAUGUUCCUCCUUUUGCUCCGUACUGCCUGCGACUGCGACGUCAAUGCCUUGAGAAGAGGAGGUGGGGGAAAAGGAAAAGCCGCACGAGCUCAAUUCCUGGAGUUUGUGAGGUAUGUUUUGGAACACAUCAUCAUUGCUCAACAAGACACAACACCAAUAUUUUUGCUAAUCUAGAGUCUUCUAGUUUCAGCGUCUUGCCAGUAAUACAUAGCUAUUUAUACUUGGCUACGCAAUUGAUAUACAGGCACGAUCUGGAAUUUGUCUGGGGUGCCGCUUUUCAUAGAAACAUUCAUGAGACUUCGUUGCAUAAUUGCCUCUGUGGUAACCAAUCAUCUGAUCCGAAUUAUCUGAUUUGCUAUAAAAAUACUAAAGUCACGUUUUGCUACAGGCGAUAUAUGAUUGAGAAAUGAUCAUCUGCCGGUAUGCUCUUCCAUUAAUAUAGACGAUCGUGCAAAACAGGUCCAAAACAACACACAAAAGAAGCUUACAUAGUAUGGGCGGGCAACUACAGCCAAUUGCCUCGAAGAAGCGCCAGUUUCCAAACAUAUAUUUAUUUUAUUCACUCUUUUCAGAUCACAGCAAUCAAACAUCCCCUGGUCCAUUGACCUCAACCUUGGACCCGGUUCUAACGACGUUGUAACAGAAUACGAACAAGCACAGAAUAGAAAAGCCAAUUCAAGGAAGGGAAAAUAA